UAACUGUGAACGCUGUACGGCCGGGGGAGUUUGUCUGUAACCACAGACUGAGAUGGAGAGGAAUUCCAUCGGCGCCACAGAGAAGACCGAGCCGGCUUCAGUUCCUCUGAGGGAAAAAGCUCAGCUCGACACCUCCGGAGCAGAUUCCCCAGACCCACGGAAGGUAAACGGCGGUGCCGGUGUCGCCCGAGCCCGAUGGACCCUGCUGAGACAGGUGUUGCGUCAGAAGCAGGCGGACAGUCCCGAGGUCAAACAGGUGUCUGUUCGCAGGUUUGCCACGUUUGACCUUUUCAGCAGGAAGAGGCUGACGGGACACGAGCACAGCGAUACCUCAGAUGGCCAGUGGGUGGAGUACACAAGUGUCUCCUUUCCUGACUGCAGUGCCUUACUCAGGGAUAAUCUGGGUCCUCUCAGAGUCAAUGAAGUGCUCAACAGUUUUGACAACACCGGUAAUGUCUGUGUGUGGCCGUCCGAGGAGGUGAUGGCGCAUUACUGCCUGCAGAGACGUCACACGUUCAAGGGUGCAGUGUGCGAGUUAGGGGGAGGGAUGACUUGUCUUGGUGGGCUCAUGGUUGCCAUUUGUGCUGACGUGAAGGAAGUCCUGCUAUCAGAUGGGAAUGAGAAGUCCAUUCAGAAUGUUCGAGGGCUCGUUGAAAAAAACAGGCAAGCUGGAAAGUUCGGGUCGACGUGUGUGUCCUCCAGGGUGGUGAGGUGGGACUGCGAGACGGACGUUUCAGCACUGGAGGGUCGAUUUGACGUCGUCAUGUGUGCGGACUGUUUGUUUCUCGACCAGUACAGAGCCAGCCUGGUUGAUGCCAUAAGGAGAUUACUGCGACCCAACGGCACGGCGCUGGUGUUCGCUCCGCUCCGAGGUGAAACUCUGACGCUGUUCUGCCGGCUGGCCCAGCAGGCCGGGCUGUGUGUGUCUCAGCACCAGCAGUACGACGCCCAGGUCUGGGACGUUCACCUGAAGAUGCAGAGAGAGGGGAAAGAUGCCUACGAUGAGAACAUCCACUAUCCUCGCCUCAUCACCUUGACCAAAGGACCUCAACCUGUGUCCCACGCUCAGUAAACCACAGCUAGUGCACAGUACCACUCCAUAUCUCUGCAUAUUCAAGGAUAACCGGAAACACUUUGAUCCAGUUUGUCUUAACAAUCUCUCACAAGAUCCCCCCAAAAAAAAUAGAGUAAUUCUUUAAAAAAGUCACCUGACCGGUGUUUGGUUAAUAAUCCGUCCAUGAAGUAAGCUGCUCCUCCAGUCUGUAUUUUGUUCAGUAUUUUAACAAAGUUUAAAGUAGAGUCUGUAGUUCUGAAGAGACAUUUGAACUGAGUUCAGUUUAGUUUUUAUUUGUGUCCCUGUAGGGAAAUUGGUGUUGCAGCGAAAUAUAGAACAUAAAGAAAACACAUACAUGGCAUACAAAAUUAACAUAAAAACAUAAAUCCAGUGUUAGUACAGCGUGCUGAAACAACAGCAGCAAUUAAAUAGACUCAAAAGCUGAGCUGGUACCCCAGAAAAACGCACAAAUGUCAGGUUGCACAUUGUGAGUGUAGCAACUCUUAACAAAAUGAUUCAUCUUGACACACUAACACGAUGAGGAUGUUUCACCACGCUGGACCAUUUUCCUCAAACGAUUAUGUGACGGAAGGACAAGUCAUGAAUGACACUGUGACGCUCAUUAUGAAACAUGUGUUCUGUGUUAAAUGAGGGGAAGGGGUCUAUCUAAAACAUAGAGACACACUUGGAAAAAGCAGAGAAAUACCGAGUUCCAGCUCUAUGUUUGUCACUGUGGUGGCCUCCAGGACUUUGACACUUCAAGUAUCCAGUCAAAGACUCGACUGACCAGUCUGCCUCACACCUGACUGACAGAGAUAACCUCAAAGAUGCUGAGUAACAGUCGGAUAUUGCAAUAUGGAGUUAGGAGAGAUCAUGCUGCCGUUGCAUGUUGUACCUGUGACUUUAUGUAUUUGUAUCUGCAGUGAAGGUCUGCUAACUUCACACACCGCCGUUGGAACCUGGAGACUUACCCUGUAUUUGUGUGCAUGUGAGUGCGGCCUCAUGCUGAACCACUCAAACAGUAUUGUGCGUUUCAGGCACAAGAGUUCUUUUUGUUUAGAUUUUUUUACAAAAGCAUGUACGGAAUGAUCGGCAUUCAGGAGAGAAUUGCAGGCUCCACCUUUUAAUCAAAAAGUCAUCGUUCUAGCUAACAAACCUGCUAGUGAUUAAUGGGUUGACUCUGUCAGUCAUCCCACAUGUGCCUGUUAUUCAUCUUAAACCAGUCUGUAUUAACCUACGUCACUGUGUUUCUGGCCCCGGCAGAGAAGGUCGGCUUUAGUUCAUUAAUUGCCGCAGACUGUGGAGCGGCUCACAGUUUCCUCACUUUCCUUGCUUUAAUUUCUUCUAAUACAUCCCAUUCAUCACAGUCAGAGGUCAACGCUAACUGCUUCUUUUGCACAUUACUUACGACCGUGCAUUAACAUAUUCCAUUCAGGGCGAGGAGCGGUUGUUGCCGCCCGGCAGCUAACAGUCACACGGCACAGCGUUCCUGCCGCGGGUAGCAGUCGACCUCGCUACAUGCCACAGCAGUCUGCGUAUGAACUGUGCAGUCGGCAUGGAUUUUCGCAUCUAAAGUAAUUCCUAAACCAUCCAAAAGCAUCACAGAAGCUUGACUUGCAGAAAAUAGAACAUCUGAACCGAGACCCCUGUUUGGUCAACUUAUACAGACUGACCUAAAUUCUGCAAAAAAAAUGAAGCUUAAGGAAGUUUUUUUUAAUCUGAAGAGAAUGAAGAAAUAUGCAUGUGAAAGUUCUAAGGAUGCAAACACUUGAUACUUGAAAAUAUUAAAAACAUUCAAGUACUUUUCAUAUUUGCUGUCAACUGAACUCGACAGAGAAGCAUUGAUGGGAAAUGAACACACUGUUAUGCCGUAUACUGUAAUGUUCUAGGUUAGUGUUAUUUUCCUUUACAUGAAUACAAACUGUCUGCCCACUUUCUUCUGUGACUCCAGGAUUUUAUUCAAAGUUCAGCUCUAAUUUUGAUCAAUUUGCUUAUAUAUUAUAAUACAACAUCAUAGUUUGGUUUUGAGUUCAUGCUUGAGUGUAAUUUUUGCUUUUGCAGCAAUAUGCUGUAUCUCCUGAUGAGCAGCAUUCUGUUUGUGUCUUACUUGUUAUUUAAUAUUUUAAAUAUGGUUGCAGAAUUGUGCAUCCUCAGUAUGAAAAAUCUGUGCAACCACACUUCUAAAGUAGACCCUCUUGUCAGCAUAUAUUGAACCUAUUGUGUCCACCUUUCAUCCUGUUACUUGUUUCAGUCAUCCAGUUAUUCCCCUCAGGUCUUUUUCAUGUAUUCACUCCUGUGUCCUUUACUUUUCGUGUUUAAGAACAACCUGCCAACAGCAGGUUUCCAUAUUUCACUGUAAUCCAAUCAGCUCUGCUGCAUCUCCCAGUGGCUGCUGUUUUCUUUUGCUCUGCCGUGCUGAAAAUAGUCCACCUCUAGACUUUAUCCAGUACCCCAGUUCCAAAAAUGAUGAGACGCUUUGUAAACUUUUCAAGAAACCACAUGCAGUCAUUUUUCACAGCAAGGAAGACAUGUUGCAAAUAUUUACUGACAUUUUGCCCACAAUCCUUGACAUUUUAGACAGAUUUUAGAUUUGUUGCUUCAUAAACCUAAAUUUGGGUUCAUAUUUUUUCAACAAUGUUAUCCUAUUUUUUUGCAUUUUGAAUGGACCACAUGGUGCGGUGGUUAACCCACUCCUCUCACAGUGAGAGCAUCCCCUGUUUUGCAGCCCAGGUCUGUUGUAUUGUGUAGUUUGGGUUUUCUCCAAGAUUUUCAGUUUUCUCCCUCAAUCGAAGAACAUACAUUUGAUCAGUGAAUGACUGUUUGUCCAGUGAUGGACUGCCAUCAGUCCAGGUUGUACACAGCAUUUGGUCCAUAGUCGUGAGUCGUCUCAUGAGUUCGAUGAAGGGUUGAGUCGAUAAUGAAAAUAUCAUUCCAGACCACGUCCAGGUGGCUCUCUACCUUCCAUGGAACCCCCGACCAUGUAAGCUGUGUUCCAAGCCCCUGAUGAUGACCACUAAUGUGACCAAGAUGCAUCUGGUCAGAGUGCAUCGGCGGAUGUAAACUGCACCAACGUCAGGAUGAGUCAGCCUUUGGCCUUUGGUUGAGAAGACCAAGGUGGUAUAGCAGGGUGGUGAAAAGAAGGUCCCAUCAGGAAAGAUUAAGAGAAUAUAGAGCCCUACAGUCGAACUCUGAUAGAUCCAGGUCCAGCUGCGGUCGGCUCAUCUUCGAUGGUCUUGACCAGAGAGCUUUCUGCCCUUAUCUUCAUUGGGCAAAAAGGAGAGAACUUAUCAGAAAAUUUGGAGCUAAGACGAUGCCUGCAAUGGUGUAGGGGCAUGCCACACUCUGCCCAAAUUGGCCAGCUGUCAUUAACAGCCCGAUAAGAGAGGUCCACCACAUUCUCAGGAAGAGUAAGUGGGAAAGUGCCACCGUUCCAGAUUGGGUUUCCAGGACUCGGCUCCGUGCUUAGGAUGCAUCAGGUGAAAAGAAAGCCCAUCUUUUUAAUACCUUUUUGGUACAGGGGUGCAUCCUGAAGUGCCUCAAGCGGAGUGGGACCGCUCUGAUUCCUUAAACCUCUGAUUCAACGCUUUUGUCCUAUAGCAAUAAAUAGCACCCUGUUAUAAUUGGCCUGACUCUCCUGCCAACCUCCUCAGGUGUGUUUACAUGCCAGCCUGAAAGAGACCUGCCCCCUCCACCCACUGCAGUGUGGAUUUGUCCAGUGCAGAUGAGCAAAUGCUCUGCAUUCCCCUUGGAGUUUGAGGGGUGGAGUUAUUAACUUCCUAAAAAUAAGCCUUGGACAAUUCUUAUGGUUGGACAUCGUGAAUCCUUUAAAUACUUUGCAAACGUACGGCUGUAGUACUUCGGUCUUUUGCGCAUGUGCAAGUAAAUCAACAUUAUCAAUGUUUCCCAGUCCAUAUUCUCCUGAAACUUGGUAAAUUUAUAGUUGAGAGACAAGGGAGAUAGAAUUUUGUGGCCUACUGUUAUGAAUUUACUCACCAUUGUUAGUGUUUUCAAAACAUUGUCCUGAAAAUGCGAAACAUUUCUGAAAUGAAAGCGCAAAAAUGAUGCGUUUUCACUUGAAAUGUUGUCGUGUAUACAGGGUCUAAGUUAGGUAAAGCAGUUCAGGGAAAAAAAUGGAGGAAUUUAGACUUUCUUUGUUUAAUCAUAAACAUAUGAGAGGCUUCAGAAAAUUGCUACAUGAUUGCUGAACUUUUUAGAAAAUCGUCCGAACCUUUUUGGAAUUGGGGUUGAACUCAGAACUCUGCAAAAAUAUUCAAUUAUCUUCUUCUUUAUGGUAUCUGGAUCUGCGGCCCACGGUGUAACAUCACUGUUUCACAAGAGUAGGGUCAUUUUAAAUCACAAUGGCCUCACAAAUCCUUCGUGUUGCAUUUUUGCUUUGUUGUAAAGUCACUCCCUCCAUCAGUAGCUGCAAUGUCACAUUAUAUCGGUGUUUAGACUGACCUCUUCUCACUGUGAUGACAGUAAAACUAAUCACUGGCAGCCAGCAUCAUUUAGUUAUGAGGCCUUUCUAUCCCGGACUUUUCUGACUCAUGUUGUCAUUGUGAGAAAUCCAGUGUUUACAUAAAUCACAGAGGCGGAUUUGUAUUACAGACAAAUAUUGACAUCAGGCUAAAACAGGAGAUUUGUGUUGCUUUUGUAUAUCUCUGUUUGCCCAUUUUGAUAUCAAAUGAACGGUUAGGCCAUAUCCUCAGUAAUUUUCACCCUAAAUUUAAGUUCUCUUUUUCACUUUGUAUAUUAUUUAUAUAGUAUUUCACAAUGUUGAGACAUCAGGUGUUUUAAGGGGGGAUAAUUGUGUUAAAGUGUGUGUGGAAGUUUCUGAUGGCACAUCACACAUAAAACUGAAGUGAAAUAUUUCAGUUUAGUUUGGGAAUGGCCUCUCUCAGUGAGUUUCACCCCUCAGUAUUUCAGGUUUUGUCUGCUUCACUGUAUCGAAGGUGAGUUGAAUGCUGCGUUUUACUUGUGAAUCAAUAAAAACAAUA